AGGUUAGCUCUCUCUCUCUCUCUCUCUCUCUCUCUCUCUCUCUCUCUCUCUCUCUCUCUCAUAUUUACAGGCGUUACCAUAUUUCUUUGAAUCGCACAUCCGAUUGAUGUAGUUCUUGUAAUCCAACAUUUUUAUGAUUGCAAAACGUCACCAGAGAUAGAUCGAAAUUUAUAUUACAGAAACUAUUAUCAAUCGGAUCUCUAGUGAGUUUUUGAUUAAAUGGAUAUCCUCUUAAUUCAGCCAAAACCCUUUGUUUUCCAGCUGCCGAAAUCCGAUUCUUCAAAAAAUCAGGAGAGAAAUGCAAUUCUUCGGAGGGUCAGAGAUCAGUCCGUCGCCGCCGUUGCCGACGGCGUCGGGAAAUAACGGCCACAUGAUGUACGUGUUCAAUAGGAAUGGGAUAUGUCUUUUUUACAGGGAAUGGAAUCGCCCUCUGCAUACCCUUAAUGCCCAGCAGGAUCACAAGCUGAUGUUCGGUCUGCUUUUCUCCCUCAAAUCCUUGACUGCGAAAAUGGAUCCCACUAGUGUGGACAAAGGAAAUCUUGGGGUGCCUCAGUUACCUGGACAAGGGUGUUCAUUUCACAGUUUUCGAACCAAUACUUACAAACUGAGUUUUAUGGAGAGUCCAUCUGGGAUAAAGAUCAUCCUUGUCACUCAUCCUAGAACUGGUGAUCUAAGGGAAUCCCUGAAGUACAUUUACAAUCUCUAUGUUGAAUAUGUUGUCAAGAAUCCACUCUAUAGUCCAGGAACUCCGAUUAGAUGUGAACUGUUCGAUUCAACGCUUGAUCAGUACGUAAGAGGCCUUGGAUAGGGUGUCAAGGUUCUGCUCUGCUACCAUUCGGGGUUUAAAAAAUACCUGUUCUCUGUCGGGAAAAUUCUCUCGCUCUGGCCUUCAGGACAUUUGUUUUACAUAAAGGCUACCGAAUCUACUUGUCAAACUCAUUCCCCUUCUCAAUUUUGUUUAUUCAAAGAUGUAGGAUUUCAUUCGUGAAUGUGGGCUUAUAUUUUACCUUAGGCUGUAUCUGGAGGGAAAUCAACUAAAGAGUAAAUCAUGGGUGUUUGGAUAUGAAGAAAAAUUUCAUUUGGUA